AGCCCCUUCACUCUCUAUAAAUACAGCCAACCCCCUUCCCAUUAAAUUACAACAACAUUUCCAAGCACCAUAUCUCUCUCUCUUUUCUUGUCUUUCUCAAACCAAAACCACUUAAAAAAAAAACAAAAGAAUGAGAGAAUAUUGGACCUCGUUGGCUUCAGUUUUGGGUGUGUUUGCCUUCUGCCAAACCAUCCUCCAAGCAGUGUUCCCACCGGAGCUGCGCUUCGCUUCCGUGAAGCUCUUCCACCGGGUCUUCCACUGCUUCUCCACCUACUGCUACUUCGACAUAACGGAGAUCGACGGUGUGAACACCAACGAGCUCUACAACGCCGUCCAGCUGUACCUGAGCUCCUCCGUCUCCAUCACCGGCAACCGGCUGAGCCUCACACGCGCCGUGAACUCGUCCGGGUUCACCUUCGGCCUCGCGAACAAUGACAGCAUCGUGGACACCUUCAACGGCGUGAACGUGCUGUGGGAGCACGUGGUGACCCAGCGGCAGGCCCAGACCUUCUCGUGGCGGCCACUCCCCGACGAGAAGCGUGGUUUCACGCUCCGCAUAAAAAAAAAGGACAAGUCCUUCAUACUAAACUCCUACUUGGAUUACAUUAUGGAGAAAGCCAGCGACAUUCGGAGGAAGAAUCAGGAUCGGCUCCUCUACACCAAUUCCAGGGGUGGCUCCCUGGACUCGCGGGGCCACCCUUGGGAAUCUGUGCCUUUCAAGCACCCAAGCACGUUUGACACAUUGGCCAUGGACCCUCACAAGAAGAAGCAGAUCAUGGAGGAUCUUCAGGACUUCGCCAAUGGGCAAUCUUUUUACCAUAAAACCGGUAGGGCUUGGAAGAGAGGCUACCUUCUCUAUGGCCCUCCAGGUACUGGUAAAUCAAGCAUGAUUGCCGCUAUGGCCAAUUUUCUCGGCUAUGAUAUUUACGAUUUGGAGUUGACUGAGGUUCAUAACAACUCUGAACUCAGGAAGCUUCUCAUGAAAACCAGCUCCAAAUCGAUUAUUGUUAUUGAAGACAUUGACUGCUCUAUCAAUCUCACCAACAGAAAGAACAAUAACAGCUCGAGUUCCGUUUCUGCUUCGACAGGUUACUAUGAUUCGGAGAUACGCGGUGGCGGCGGUGGUUGUGCUGAGGAGGGUGGUAACAAUAUUACUCUUUCUGGGUUGUUGAAUUUUACUGAUGGAUUGUGGUCUUGUUGUGGAAGUGAGAGGAUUUUUGUGUUUACUACCAACCACAUUGAGAAGCUUGACCCUGCUCUGCUGCGGAGUGGGAGAAUGGAUAUGCAUAUCUUCAUGAGUUACUGUUCUUUCCCCGCGCUGAAGAUUCUGCUGAAGAAUUACUUGGGGUGUGAAGAGUGUGAGCUUGAGGAGCCGAUUUUGAAGCGGCUGGAGGAGGUUGUCGACGUGGCCCGGAUGACUCCGGCGGAUAUAAGCGAGGUUUUGAUCAAGAACAGACGCAAGAGAGAGAAGGCGGUGGAGGAGUUGUUGGAGACUUUGAAGCUGCGAGCGGAGAUGAAUGAAAAAAAUGGAGUUCUGAGGGUGACUAAUGGGGUUGAAGAGGAGGAAGAGCAAGAGAAGAGGGCUUUAGACAGUGAGAGUCCUAAGCAGGAGUCAGAGAUUGAGGACAAUUGCAAGGAGGAGGAGGAAGAAGAAGAGAAGAUCAAGUAAUAUAUAGUGACGAAUGAUAAUAAUGUUGUUUAAGACAUGUUUGUUUGUUCUGUUCCCCGGUCCAGUGAAGAAAGAACAGGGAGAAUAGAAUAGAAUGAGAAUGGAGAAAUACAUACAGUGUAAUAUCCUAUGCAAGUGUAGUUGUACUCGAUCAUCAUCAACAAAUUUUUUUACGGGGGGAUAUUUUAUGACUUGUGAGAUACAGGGGAAGAAGAUGCUAGGGGCCUCUAAUUUUAAAAACAUGUCACAUACUUGUGUCUCUUUUAGUUUUGAAUAAUGGACUCCUUUAUUGUUUGAUAUGUAGGGAAAGUUAUUUGCAUCGUGAUUAUAUAUAUAGUUUAAGAUUUGUUCCCUUUAGUA